AUGACCACUAUAGAGGCAACUAGUCCAUUAUAUCUUCAUCCCUCUGAUGGGAACAAUUUCAUGGUCAUAGAUAAGCUUCAAGGAUCAGGAAACUAUAGGUCCUGGAAGAGAUCUAUGGAAAUUGCUCUAGCAUCAAAGAGAAAACUGGGGUUUGUUACAGGACUAGAGAAGAAAGAUGCAAAUGAUGCAGUAAAAAAGGAAGCUUGGGAAACCUGUAAUAGUAUGAUAAUCUCUUGGAUUUUGGGAUCAGUUUCCGAGCCUAUAAAGAAGUCUAUUAUGUUUGUUAAUAGUGCUCACCUGAUCUGGAAACAGCUUGAGCAAAGGUUUGCUCUCACAAAUGGGUCUAGGAAAUACAAACUCAACAAGGAGUUGUAUGAGACCAAACAGCAAGAGAAAAGCAUCAGUGAGUAUUACACAAUGAUGAGAUGUACAUGGGAAGAAUUGGAAGCUUUGAAUAGCCUACCACCUCUUACAUCUCUUACCACAGAGAUAAAUGAGUUCAUUAGAGCUCUUAAUAUGCAGCAAGAAGAACAGAAACUAUUCCAGUUUCUAAAUGGGCUAGAUGAAGUCUAUGGAACCCAAAGGAGUCAAAUCUUGAUGAUGACUCCCCUUCCAGGUGUUGAAGUAGCUUGCAGCUACUUGGAGCAAGAAGAAGCUCAGAGGGAAAUCCUGAAGCAGGUGAAGGAGGAACCCAUGACCCUUGCUAUGUACAGUAAGGGUGCAGGGGGAGAAUUGGGAGCUACUCAAGGACUCAUUCAGUGCACAAUAUGUGGGAAGAAUGGUCAUACUCAUGAUAAGUGUUGGUUUGUAAUAGGAUUCCCUAAAAAAAUCCUAGAAACAAAUCACAAGGUUUCACUCAGAACAAAGGAAAGGGAAAAAGCUUCACAAAUCAAAAGUGGAACAAAGGAAAACAAGGAAGCUCCAAGAUAG